CAACCGGCAUCGUGGUGACUGCAAUUACAAUCUGUUCGUGAGGUGGCGUAUAUAAAUAGCAGCAUUCAGAUCAAGAAAACGAAACUAGACUAUAUUCCACUACCGUUGGCAAAGUUGAUUCUAAAAGAUGUCGGAACCUGCGGUACCACCCCAGGCCGGUGGAGACAACACCACAGACGGUGUGCCGAAAGUGAAGACUGAAAAGGAAUUGAAAAAGGAGAGGGCCAACCAGCAGAAACUGGAAAAGUAUAAAGCAAAACAGGAAAAACUCAAACAGCAGCAAGAAAAGGAGAAGGAUAAAACGAAAGAGGAUGAGAAGAAAAAAGAACCAAAGAAAGAAAAAGCUGCCAUUAUAUAUGACAAGCCAACCAAACCAGGAGAGAAGAAAGACACCACGGGUGCAAUGCCAGACGCCUACAGUCCCCAGUAUGUAGAAGCAGCAUGGUACGACUGGUGGAGUAAUUGUGGCUUCUUCAAACCAGAGUAUGGGGGUCGUGACAUAAACAGCGUGCCAUAUGAGGACAAGUUUAUCAUCGUCAUUCCUCCUCCUAAUGUGACUGGCUCCCUCCAUCUGGGACAUGCACUGACCACAGCAGUGGAGGAUUGUAUCGUAAGAUGGAAUAGAAUGAAUGGGAAGAUGACACUAUGGAACCCUGGCUGUGACCAUGCUGGAAUAGCUACACAAGUUGUUGUAGAAAAGAAAAUCAAGAGAGAGAGAAAUCUUACACGCCAUGACUUGGGCCGAGAGAAAUUUGUAGAUGAAGUUUGGAAAUGGAAAAAUGAGAAGGGCGACCGUAUAUACCAUCAGCUGAAAAAGCUAGGAGGAUCGUAUGACUGGGACAGGGCCUGUUUCACCAUGGAUCCUAAAUUGGUGCGGGCAGUGUCCGAAGCAUUCAUAAAAUUACAUGAAAAAGGACUGAUUUACCGUAGUGUUCGUCUGGUCAACUGGUCCUGUGCGCUCAAUUCAGCCAUCUCAGAAAUUGAGGUAGAUAAAAAGGAAAUCUCGGGCCGUACCAUGUUACCAGUAGCGGGAUAUAAGGAAAAGAUCGAGUUUGGAGUCAUCGUUUCCUUUGCCUACCCAGUGGAAGGCUCAGAUGAAGAGAUUGUUGUGGCCACCACGCGUAUUGAGACAAUGCUGGGGGACACCGGUGUAGCUGUGCAUCCUGAGGAUGACCGAUAUAAACACCUUCAUGGCAAGUUUGUGACUCAUCCCUUCGUUGACCGACGUAUGCCCAUCGUUUUAGAUGACUUUGUAGACAGGAACUUUGGAACAGGCGCUGUGAAGAUUACACCAGCACAUGACCACAAUGAUUAUGAGGUUGGUGUACGCCACAACCUGCCUUUUCUCACCAUCAUUGAUGAAAAAGGCAACAUGACUCCUGACUGUGGAGAAUUUGCUGGUAUGAGGCGGUUUGAGGCAAGGAAAGCUGUCCUAGAGGCUCUCAAGAACAAAGGAUUAUAUAAGGAGACCAAAGAAAACCCCAUGGUUGUUCCUAUCUGCAGUCGCUCCAAAGAUGUGAUUGAGCCCCUUUUGAAGCCCCAGUGGUAUGUCAGUAUGCAGUCCAUGGCUGAUAAGGCUGUGAAGGCUGUGAGAGAAGGGGAGCUGAAAUUGAUCCCAAACACGCAUGAAAAAACAUGGUACAACUGGCUUGAGGAUUCCAGGGACUGGUGUAUAUCCAGACAGCUGUGGUGGGGACAUCGUAUACCAGCUUACUUUGUCACUGUUGAUGAUCCAUCAAUUCCUCCAGGGGAGGACACGGAUGAGAAAUACUGGGUAAGUGGACGAUCGGAGGAGGAAGUCAGGCAAAAAGCUGCUGAACGUUUUAAGGUCAGCGAGGACAAGAUAUCACUGAAACAAGACGAGGAUGUAUUGGACACCUGGUUCUCGUCGGGUAUUUUCCCAUUCUCCAUCUUUGGUUGGCCAGAUCAGACAAAUGAACUAAAAGCGUUUUAUCCAGGCACCCUGCUGGAAACUGGCCAUGAUAUUAUCUUCUUCUGGGUAGCCCGUAUGGUGACUAUGGGUCUGGAGUUAAUGGACAAGCUUCCAUUUAAAGAGGUAUAUCUUCAUGCAAUGGUGAGGGAUGCUCAUGGAAGAAAAAUGUCCAAAUCUCUGGGCAAUGUCAUUGAUCCAAUUGAUGUCAUCAACGGAAUCUCCUUACAAGAACUUCACAAGCGUCUGGAGGAUGGAAACUUAGAUAAAAAGGAAGUAUUAAAGGCACAAGAGGGACAGAAAGCUGACUACCCCAAUGGCAUCCCAGAGUGUGGUACAGAUGCUCUUAGAUUUGCACUUUUAGCCUACACAGCCCAAGGUCGGGAUAUAAACUUGGACGUUCUCCGUGUACAGGGUUACAGAUUCUUCUGUAACAAGCUGUGGAAUGCUACCAAGUUCGCUCUAGGAGCCCUUGGGGAGAACUUCAUACCCAACCCAACUCGAAAGUUGUCUGGAAAAGAGAAGGAGAUGGACCUGUGGAUACUAAGUCGACUUUCCUAUGCCGUGGACCAGUGUAGCUCUGGAUUCCGUAACUACGAAUUCCCUGCUGUUACCACUUGUUGCUACAAUUUCUGGUUGUAUGAACUCUGUGACUGGUAUUUAGAAAGCUGUAAGCCUAUUAUCUAUGGGACAGAUGAGGAGGUGAAGGACUGUACUCGACAGGUGUUAUACACAUGUCUAGAGGCAGGUCUCCUCCUACUCCAUCCACUUAUGCCAUUUAUCUCGGAGGAGCUGUUCCAACGUCUGCCACGACGAACUCCGACAGAACCACCCAGUAUAUGUGUUACGUCGUAUCCACUGUCAGCAAAUUACCAGGACCGCAACUCCAACUUAGAAAAGGAGGUAGACUUUGUGCAGAAUGUCAUCAAAAGUAUCCGUUCCAUGAGGUCAGACUACAACCUAACAAACAAAAACAAAGCUGAUGUUUACUUGAAGUGCAUGGAGCAGGAGGAGGCUUCAUCACUGGGUCGCUUCAGUAGUCUAAUCCAGACAAUGACUAACUCAUCCUCCAUUACCAUUCUGGUGGGUGAUAAUCCCCCAGAUGGCUGUUGUGUACAAACUGUCUCUGCGAAGUGUGAAAGUCACCUGAUGCUCAAGGGACUCAUUGACCCUAGUAAGGAGCGGAGUAGAUUAGAUGGAAAGAAGACCAAACUUAGUUCACAGCUUCAGAAGCUGAAAGAGACCUCCAGCAUGGCAGACUACUCCAGCAAAGUGCCUGAGGAAAUCAGGAACAAAAACUCUGAAAAGAUGACAGAGAUUUCUCUGGAAAUCGAGAAACUGACGAAAGCUAUGGAAACACUGGGAAAGCUAUGAAAAAUUUUAAUACAAUAGACACUGGUAAAUGGAUUAUUAGCACUAGUCAGGUGGAAGGGAACAACAAAAAAACUGGUGAAAAAUUUCCAGGAAAUCUGUAGGCGUCCUGACUACAGUUUACAUGGAUUUACAAUAAAAUAACUUUAAAAGGGUUUCUCUCUUGAAAACUUGAUGUAUACCAUUAGAUAUUCAAACUUCACUGUUAAGUCAUGUACCAUGAAAGGAUUGAAGUGUUUAUUGGAGAAGUACUGCACUAAGGUUGUGUUGUACCCUGUUAUGUUUAUGUAUGCGAUACUGUGUGAAGUCCCUUAUGUAAUUUAUUUCUCUAAAUAAACCCACAUUGCAAUAUUUUGAAUGUUUACAGGAUGAUGCUAAUGUCUAUGUACAGUAACUUUAUGUUAGUAAUGAUAUAACGUUCAGUCUGUUAAUUAGCAGGUAUUCAAACCAAAUUGAAAUGGUUUCGGUUUUGACAAUUACAAGUGCCAUUUAUAAGGUAAUGCAAUAAAGUGACUAAUCUUCAAUAACUGGUUGGUUGGUUAGUUACAGUUUUUCUGUCUCUGUGACUCAUCCUAUCUUUAGGUGUUGUCUCAUGGACAAUCUGCAUUCCCCUCAAUUUUCAAUUACUUGAAGACGUACCUCUGCUAGAGGUCAAACAGUGACUAAGUCCUUUUAGUGGUAGUUGUGAGGUGGACACCCUACCACAUAGUUAGUGACAGCAUUCCUCUAUCUGAAGUCAGAAAAAAAAGUUUCUCACUGUGUUAUCCUUUAUAUCACUCUCCCGUCUUCGCAGUUAUCAAUCUCAAGCUUUCGACCCUGGGCUCUUCAUCACAUAUUACCUGGUAUAUGGGGAGAGUCUUCAUUACUAGUUUGUAAUCAGACCUAGUUAUUAAGGAUCUUUAGGUGUCUCAGCCAGGGCUGUAUCUGAUAACUGUCCAACACUUUACACUGAACUUUAUGUGUCUCAGCCAGGGCUGUAUCUGAUAACUGUCCAACACUUUAUACUGAACUUUAUGUGUCUCAGCCAGGGCAUGUAUCUGAUAACUGUCCAACACUUUAUACUGAACUUUAUGUGUCUCAGCCAGGGCAUGUAUCUGAUAACUGUCCAACACUUUAUACUGAACUUUAGGUGUCUCAGCCAGGGCAUGUAUCUGAUAACUGUCCAACACUUUAUACUGAACUUUAUGGAAAUUUGACCAAGUAAUAUCAUGCAAUGUACUUCAACAACACUUACUGUAACUGUCAUGGUUGCUCCCUGUAGAGAAUUUUUUGUACCAUUAUCGUACCUUUGUCUGUAGUGUCAAUUCUGAGAUUGGUCUGAAGGUUUCCAAAUGUAUCAGAUGAUAAUCCAAAUAAACUAGAACAUGGA